UUAGCACUUUCCUAUACUUGAACACAAAACAAGACAUGACUAUAACCAUGGCUUCUUCUUCAGCCACUCUUUUCUUUGCACUUAUUUUCUUACCCUCUAUUGUCAGAGCUCAAGAGCGAUCUCCCCACGGAGUUGCGUACGAGAGCCCACUUGCAAUCUCGCCAGAAGCAUAUGCAUUUUUCCACCCUAAUACUCAAAACCAGAAUAGCAACAAUAAUACUGCUAAUACUACUAGUUUAAGUUUAUGCGAUAGAUCAGAGUCAGAUUGCUCACCAUUUCCCACGGCUUCUUCUGUUCAGUCAGAUCUUGCUCAUGAAAGCACAGCAGCUCGCGAUGGAGGGAAGCACAGGGUUGGAGCUGGAGGAGCAGCAGGGAUACUGAUUGGCUUGGCAUUUGCUGUACUUUUGGCACUCGGUGUUUUCUUCAUGGUGAUUGCACGGAAGCGCAACUUGAACAAAGCAAAUGCUGCAAUAGCUCAGCCUGAAGUUUAAGAGGUUGAUUAGAGUCCAUGGAGAAGCUUGAUGAUGCAAUGCUUCGCUCCUCCUUUCCCCUCUACCUUCUCUUUUCUUUCAUCCUGAGAUGUGAGAUAUUACUAUUGCUUGUAUUUAGUUAGUGGUAACAUAAGUAAUGCAGUAAUAGUAUUCAGUCAUAACCUUUGGACCAUCAAAAAGACCUGUCACCAUAUGCAAACUUGAAUCAUUCUAGCUA